AUGUCAUUGGUAGAUACAACUGACGCUGAAGUCCAGGAGGUGGCACCGGCGGUUGAAAGCAUUCCAACUGGAGGCGAUCUGCUCAUGCCAACCAAAGUGGAUGCGGCGUCUGAGGCUGCAGAAGUCAAAGAAGCUGCCGCUGCCGCUGACGAGGAGCCCAAGGAAGAGGAGCACACAUACUCGAGACAGAUCUCCGAACUGAUUGACGAUUUUGAUCCUCUAGCGGGAGGUGCGUCGAAAACCUCCGCUGCUAACCCCACUGCCGCCUUAAGCGACCUUAAAGGGAUCGACAUGACAUCGACGUAGGGAUUUGUGUGUAAAAACAAGUAAAAUACAAGCAUUCCGUAUGUUUAUGUAUACAC